AUGUCCGACCACCCUGAAGAUACCUUCUUCCCAGUUCCCGCUCGUCUGCUGGACAAGGCUCAGUGCCCCGAGCCUUACAUUACCUCCGUCGAGCAGUAUCAAAAGAUGUACCGUCAGUCCAUCGACCAUCCCGAGGAAUUCUUCGGCAAGCUGGCGACGGAACUGUUGUCAUGGUCAAAGCCGUUUCACACGGUCCGCCAUGGAGGACUUGAGCACGGCGAUAUUGCGUGGUUCUUGGAGGGACAGUUGAAUGCUUCCUACAACUGUGUCGACCGCCACGCCAUCUCCACCCCCAACAAGGUGGCGAUGAUCUACGAGGCAGACGAGCCGAACCAGUCAGAGAACAUCACCUACGGAGAACUCCUCCGCAAAGUUAGUCAACUCGCAGGAGCCCUGCGCGCCCGUGGAAUCCGCAAGGGGGACACUGUCGCAAUCUACAUGCCCAUGAUCCCCGAGGCCGUGGUCGCCUUCCUAGCCUGUGCCCGUAUCGGUGCCUUGCACUCUGUCGUCUUUGCCGGUUUCUCGUCCGAGGCUCUUCGUGACCGCAUCAAUGACGGCAACUCUCGAGUGGUCCUCACCUCGGACCAGGGCAAGCGUGGAGGCAAGACCAUCGAGACCAAGAAGAUUGUCGACGAGGCGCUCAAAUCCUGCCCCUCGGUCGAGACGGUCAUUGUUUGCCAGAGGACAGGUCAUUCGGAGGUGCCUAUGACUCUAGGAAGAGAUGUCUGGUGGGGCGAUGAAGUCUCCAGACAGCCCAACUACAUAGCCCCCGAGGCUAUGCACUCUGAGGACCCUCUAUUCUUGUUGUACACUUCUGGGUCGACUGGUCAGCCCAAGGGUGUCAUGCACACGACGGCAGGUUACCUGUUGGGAGCUGCGGCGACGGUCAAGUAUGUUUUUGACUAUCACCCAGGAGAUAUCUUUGCCUGCAUGGCCGAUGUCGGUUGGAUCACCGGACAUACCUACAUCGUCUAUGGUCCCCUGGCUUUGGGAGCAACCACGGUCUUGUUCGAGUCCAUUCCCACCUACCCUACUCCCUCGAGAUACUGGGAGUUGAUUGCGAAGCACAAGGUGACCCAGUUCUACACUGCCCCCACUGCCAUCCGUGCUCUUCGUCGAUUGGGCGAUUCCUGGGUUGAGGGUCAUGACCUCUCCUCCCUCCGUGUCCUCGGAACUGUCGGUGAGCCCAUCAACCCCGAGGCCUGGCACUGGUACAACGACAAGGUCGGCAAGGGCCGCUGUGCUAUUGUCGACACCUACUGGCAGACCGAGACUGGAUCCCACAUUAUCACACCUCUUCCUGGAGCCAUUGCGACCAAGCCCGGUUCGGCCACUUUCCCCUUCUUUGGAAUCGACCUGGCGAUCUUGGACCCUGUCACUGGCAAGGAGUUGGAUGGCAAUGAUGUCACAGGAGUCUUGGCCGUCAAGAAAGCAUGGCCUUCGAUCGCUCGCACCAUCUAUGGUGACCAUAAGCGGUUCAUGGAGACUUAUCUGAGACCUUAUCCUGGUUACUACUUUACAGGCGAUGGUGCGACGAGGGACAAGGACGGAUACAUCUGGAUCCGGGGCCGUGUCGAUGAUGUGAUCAACGUCUCGGGCCAUCGUCUCUCGACGGCCGAGAUCGAGUCUGCGCUGAUUAUGCACCCGACCGUUGCCGAGGCGGCUGUCAUUGGUGCUAACGACGAAGUCACAGGACAGUGUAUCCAUGCCUUUGUCUGUCUCAAGCCCGGCAUCUCAUCCCACUCCAAUGACCUGCCCAAGGAGCUGGUCAUGCAGGUCCGCAAGGUGAUUGGACCCUUUGCGGCGCCCAAGAAGAUUUAUCUGGUCGAGGAUUUGCCCAAGACGCGGUCGGGCAAGUUGAUGAGGAGGAUCUUGAGGAAGCUUGUGGCCGGUGAGAAGGACUCCUUGGGAGAUAUCUCGACCCUUGCUGACCCCUCUGUUGUUGCUGCCUUGAUUGUUAAAGUCGAGAGCUCGUGA